GCUUACAUUAACGAGAAGAGUCUAUUAUAAUAAAACUAUUAGAACCACAAAGAGGUGGAUCACUCAUUAUUGAAUGGUCCACUUUGUUAUUUAAUAUCGUUUCUAGGAAAAAGGACCUUUAUCUUCAUAAGACGUUUGCUUUCCCUCUGCUAAUGGCUUCCUCAGGCACUUUUUGCAGCGGGACUAUUAACCAAGGGUUACAACAAUACCCGUAUCCUUCUCAUGUGAAUGCAUCCAGCUUUCUUUCUGUUAAACUAUCUGGUAAAACCAACUAUGCUCGGUGGCAGGAACAGAUGAUGUGCCUUGUAGAGAGCCAUGAUAUGCUCAGUUUCGUCGAUGGCACAUUUGGAAACCCCAAGAAAAACGUCGAUUCAAAAAAGAAAGUAGAUAACUGCAAUUGA